AUGAAUUUGUUGUUGUGUGUUUCUUGCUAAAGUCCCGGUUGAAGAAAGAAAAUAUAUAGUUAUAAAAACCAAAUAAAUAAUAUUCUGUUAUUAAAAGUUAAUAGUGGAAUUAUAACUAUGAAGUUAACUAUUUUUACUGUGCUAUUUGUAUCGAUCCUGAACGAAAGUCUAGCUAUAUGGUGUUACCAGUGUACAGCAGCUACACCGGGCUGCACAGAGCCCUUUAACUGGCGCGGAGUGGGAUACCUCGGCAACCCAUGUCCGGACCAAGACGACAUUUGUAUCAAGCUCAUUGAAGUUAAAGGAGCGCAAAGGGUGAUAACAAGGGAUUGCUUAAGCAAUUUCAAAGCGUUCCGGACUGAUAUACCAGCGGACACCUAUGAAGGAUGCAGACCAGCUGCAAAAGAUGUCAAUUUGGCGCACUAUGUCAAUAACUCCAUAAAGGAGUUGGAUAUAAAGAGAGAUUGGUACGACGAAACAACAUGGUGUUUCUGCUUCCUCGAUCACCGGUGUAACAGCGCUCCAGUCGUGCCCAUAUCAAUGGCGUUACUAAUAUCAUCGACCUUAUUGCUGUCAUUCUUCAAAAUACACAUAUUCUGACAACCAUUCAUUGUUGCUGAUGGCAUGACGUUGCGAAUCUCAUAGGUAUGUUCAUUUUAUACAUUUCAUAAUUAUUAUCUUGAAAAUCAGUACAAAACAAUCUGCCUUAAUUUUACAUUAAAACAAUCUAAAAUAUCAACAGAUAUAACUUUGAGUUAUAUUAAGCCCAAGAUAGCGACAUGAAUGUAAAUGUUUUUAUACUAGUGAAAUUUUAUAACCACCAUAAAUACCUAAGCUUGCUUUUAAUGCUAAAAUUGUAGUAGCUAAACCUUUAACUACUUUAUGUGAAUAAGCUAUUCCGUCCAAAACUGUGUGAAUAAAUGUAGAAAUAAGUAAAGAAUAUAGAAAAUUAAGUCUAGAUAAUAAUAGUGAUGUCACUAGUGCCUGUCACAGGAUUAUUAUCAUAUCAAAAAUGUUAUUAUGUACAUACAAACAAUAUUGUAUUGUAAUAGAGUAUUAGUUGACAU